AUGGUCCGUCUAUCUAUCGCUUCCACGGUGGCUUUGGCCUUGACCGCGUAUGCCGCCGCGCCUGUCUUCACCGACCAAAAGGCUCUGGGCGCGCAGAAACAAGACCAGGUCGACAAGUCAGAGUGCAAGCUAGACAAUGAUUGCCAGUCCAAGUGCUGCGCCGUCCAAUCCGACGGCAAUAAUAACAUCUGCUCCACACGAGCGGAUGCCGAGUCCAAAAAGGACGGGAAGAUAGGAUGCGAGGGCACUCUAGAGCAGAAUGGCGGCGGCGGCGGGACAGGCGCCCAGGGCCAGGGCACCGGCCAGCAGAAGAACAAGAACGGCGGCAACGGCGACGGCGGCAACGGCAAAGCCGCCACAGGCAACGGCAACGGCGGCAACGGCAACGGCGCCACCGGCAAAGCCGCCACAGGCAACGGCAACGGCGCCACCGGCAAAGCCGCCACCGGCAACGGCAACGGCGCCACCGGCAAAGCCGCCACAGGCAACGGCAACGGCGGCAACGGCAACGGCGGCAACGGCAACGGCGGCAACGGCAACGGCGGCAACGGCAACGGCGGCAACGGCAACGGCGGCAACGGCAACGGCGGCAACGGCAACGGCGGCAACGGCAACGGCAACGGCGCCACCGGCAAAGCCGCCACCGGCAACGGCAACGGCGCCACCGGCAAAGCCGCCACCGGCAACGGCAACGGCAACGCCGCCACCGCCAAAGCCGCCACAGGCAACGGCAACGGCAACGCCGCCAAAGCCGCCACAGGCAACGGCAACGGCAACGGCGCCACCGCCAAAGCCGCCACAGGCAACGGCAACGGCGGCAACGGCAAAGCCGCCACCGGCAACGGCAACGGCGCCACCGCCAAAGCCGCCACAGGCAACGGCAACGGCAACGGCGCCACCGCCAAAGCCGCCACAGGCAACGGCAACGGCAACGGCAACGGCGGCAACGGCAACGGCGCCACCGGCAAAGCCGCCACAGGCAACGGCAACGGCGCCACCGGCAAAGCCGCCACAGGCAACGGCAACGGCAACGGCGCCACCGGCAAAGCCGCCACCGGCAACGGCAACGGCAACGGCGCCACCGGCAAAGCCGCCACAGGCAACGGCAACGGCGGCGGCAACGGCAACGGCGGCAACGGCAAAGCCGCCACCGGCAACGGCAACGGCAACGGCGCCACCGGCAAAGCCGCCACCGGCAACGGCAACGGCAACGGCGCCACCGGCAAAGCCGCCACAGGCAACGGCAACGGCGGCAACGGCAACGGCGGCAACGGCAAAGCCGCCACCGGCAACGGCAACGGCAACGGCGCCACCGGCAAAGCCGCCACCGGCAACGGCAACGGCGCCACCGGCAAAGCCGCCACCGGCAACGGCAACGGCAACGGCAACGGCGCCAACGGCAAAGCCGCCACCGCCAAAGCCGCCACAGGCAACGGCAACGGCAACGGCGCCAAAGCCGCCACCGGCAACGGCAACGGCGCCAAAGCCGCAGCCGCCACAGGCAACGGCAACGGCGGCAACGGCAAAGCCGCCACCGGCAAAGCCGCCACAGGCAACGGCAACGGCGCCACCGCCAAAGCCGCCACAGGCAACGGCAACGGCGCCAACGGCAACGGCGCCAACGGCAAAGCCGCCACAGGCAACGGCAACGGCAACGGCAACGGCGCCAACGGCAAAGCCGCCACCGGCAAAGCCGCCACAGGCAACGGCAACGGCAACGGCGCCAAAGCCGCCACCGGCAACGGCAACGGCGCCAAAGCCGCAGCCGCCACAGGCAACGGCAACGGCGGCAACGGCAAAGCCGCCACCGCCAAAGCCGCCACAGGCAACGGCAACGGCAACGGCGCCACCGGCAAAGCCGCCACAGGCAACGGCAACGGCAACGGCGCCAAAGCCGCCACAGGCAACGGCAACGGCGCCGGCGGCGUUCCCUGA